UUGCCUGAGCCGAUACCAGUCUGCCUCGUUCCGAUAAUAUGCAAGAGUCGGUAUGCUGCAGGAGCGAGCCCAUAACUAAAACUGCUCUUGUCCAAUAAAUUCCAGACCAUAAAUCCAUUCAUAUUCAGUAAUCCCUUCUUCAAAAAAAAAAAAAUAUUCAGUAAUCCCAUCACUUCGUUAACUCAGCAUGCAAAGCCCAAUAGAGAGAAAACCAGGGGUUUACACCUACGUCGCUCAAUGGCCAAUCUGCACACUAGCUUGGUCGGUCCGCCAUGACAAGAACACUCGCCUCGCCAUAGGAAGCUACCUCGAAGACUACAGCAACAAGGUGGAACUGGUUCAGUUCAACCAUGCCACCUCUGAUUUCACCACCGACAGCCGCCUGGUCUUCGACCACCCAUAUGCAGCCACAAACCUCAUGUUCUUCCCCUCCGAGGACACCAUGAAUCCCGACAUCCUAGCCACGUCCGGGGACUAUCUGCGGCUGUGGCAAAUCCACGACGACCGCAUCGAGCUCAAGGCCCUCCUCAACAGCAACAAGAGCAGUGAAUUCAAUUCUGCCAUUACUUCUUUCGAUUGGAUCGAAUGCGAUACGCGUCGUGUGGCUACGUCUAGUGUGGAUACGACCUGCAUAAUUUGGGACAUAGAGAAGGAAGUUGUGGACACCCAGUUAGUAGCACACGAUAAAGAAGUGUACGAUAUUUCAUGGGGUGGCUUCAAUGUCUUUGCUUCUGUCUCUGGAGAUGGUUCAGUCAGAGUAUUCGAUUUAAGAGACAAAGAAAGAUCCACCAUAAUUUAUGAAAAUCCUAUCAGGGACAGUCCGUUAUUGAGGUUAGAGUGGAACAAGGCUGACCCAAGAUUCAUGGCCACGGUUGGGAUGGACAGCAACAAGGUUGUAAUAUUGGACAUUCGGUUUCCGACAACUCCAUUGACGGAGCUGAGCAAGCACAAGGGUAGCGUAAAUGCUAUAGCAUGGGCCCCACGAAGCGGCCGGCAACUAUGCUCUGCUGGGGACGAUUCGAGGGCUUUGAUAUGGGAAGUGGUGGGAACGGAUUUUCGAUCAGAAGCUAACCGUGAUGUGGAGCCAACAGUGUGGUAUGGUUCAACGGCCGAGAUCAAUCAAGUACGUUGGUCGCCUAUGGAGUUGGAUUGGAUUGCUAUUGCGUUCUCAAAGAAGCUGCAGGUCUUGAAGGUUUAGAUAUCUAUUUAUAAACUAAUUAAUUAAAGAGAAUUAUUCCAUGUUACUGAAUAAAAUUAGUGCAGUAAAUUUAGGGUGGGGACGUACGGGCGGGGUUGCGUUAUAAUUAGUACAUAUUUGGGCCAAAAAAAAAAAGAAAAGGCUUGAUAAUUAAGAUUCCUGUCCGAUCCAAUUUCAUCA